UUGCUUUCUGUUUUUAGAAGAUUGGAUGAUUAGGAUUUCCACCUUGUGCGCCACCCUCUGCUCGCUCGCCCCUCUUUCUUUCUCUCUCUCACUCCUCGCUUUGCUUGUGACACUGAUUAGAACGCGAGAGUCGGCUGCAAGGGUUCGAGUAAUGCUGCUGGCAGCUGGGCUCAGCUUCCCGUGCCUCUUAAUGCAAGCCCGGGCCUCCAGCACAGCAGCAGUAGCUUUGUAGUUCCUACGUCUUCUAGUCCGACGCCUCUCCUUCUCUUUCGCCUUUCUCUCUUCUCUCUUCUUCACUAGCCAGCCCCCGCUCCGUGAGAGCUGUAACACUCUUGCUAGAUUUCCGACCCUGCAGGCCCCGCAGUGCGCUUCUGCUGUGUUCUGUUCAGAAUCCGUCUGGAGUCGAAACUUUCAUAUUCCUCGGGAGAAUCACCUUCGGCGUGAACUUGAUAGGUUUCAGUCGAGGCGUGAACAGAAGCUGCUGCCCAAGGAUUGUACUGUGGACUGAGAUCUGGUCUGGGACCGGUGCUCCCGUGCGCUCCAUGUGGCCCUCAAGUUUCAGUCUGAUCGAUUUGUAAGGAUUCAGGAGUCGGGCUGACUUUCUCAACUUGAGAAAUGCGGAAGACCGUGACAUCCUUCCGGAACUGCUUCUGGUGAUGAUGUCGAUGUCCAUGCCAUUAUGUUCGCCGAGGAUGCUGCUCUCACUCCGAUUUGACGAUCACGUUGGGCUGGCUCAUGGAACUGUUGGGGAUUGCACCAGUUUCGCCUGCCUGCUUGCCCCUUUAUUGGAGGCCGAGAAGAGAUAAAGCGCCGCCAAGUUUCGCUCUUCAUUUCCCGGACAGACCGACUGACUCACUGACUGGCUGACUUCCGAGCAAUUGAUUGAGCUGGGCGACGGGGAUGGCGUCCCUCGGUGUUCAAUUGACGAGAAGACAUCAGCAGCAGCCUGCAAACAAUUUGCUCGGAGUUUCGUCCCGAACGUGAGCGUUUUGACUUCGGUUCGGUGGGAGACGCAGAGCAUCUCUGGACAGAAAGGCGGACCGCUCAACUGCCUUGGGGUUUUUGUUUUUUAAUCUCGUCGGGUGGCGUCCUUAGUACCCGACUCAUGAAUCAGGUCGACGACUGCUUGCACAGCUGACAGAGAUUAGUCCCUAAGCCUGCGCAAGGUCUGUAGGACUAGCAGCAACAAAUACGGGUCAUCGCCGCCGCAAGGUAGAAGCGUAGCAGUGCGAGGAUUCGUAGGGAGAUUACCAUGCCGAGUUCAUGGACUUCAUGGAAGAGAGCGCUGAGUUGCAAGACAGACCGAGACCAAGUCAUUGAGCCUCACUCGAUGAUUCCGCCUUCUAGCAAGAGCUCAGUGGGGAUGAAAUCGAAAAAACACUACAGCGCAAGGAGCUGCUCGAGGUCUCUGCUAAGCCUCAGAGACGUCAUACACGGGAACACUCGCGUGGUUCACAAACAAUCGAGCCCCCGAUCAGUGGCCACGAGUGACGAUUGUCUGAGACAGGUGUCCCCAGAUCUAUCCUACUGCGACACCAGGAGCUCGAGCGGAGGAACCCCGUCCGAGGUGGGAUCAGUGUUCGGGCGCAGCAAUUCCAGGAGCGGCUCCCUGACCUCGACGCCGCUGUCUCACGCCAGCUAUGUCUUCAAAGGAACCCCGCUCAGAAAGCUCUCGGGCUGCUAUGAUUGCAACAUGGCCUACGAAACGCUGGAUUCCAUGCAGCUGGUGUAUAGAGAAGGCUCGCUGCACGGUUCCUACUGUGGCUCGCCCAAGGCCGGGUGCCCGAAAUGCGGAGAGACCUUCAGCAAAGCCGAGGCCUUGGAGGCACACCACAUCUCUCAGCACGCAGUGACUGAGCUCAACAAAGGCGACUCAUCUCGGAACGUGGUGGAGAUAAUCUUUCGCACGAGUUGGCUGAAAAAGGAGCUGCCAUGCGGGAAGAUCGAGAGGAUUCUCAAGGUGCACAACACGCAGAGAAUCGUGGCGAAGUUCGAGGAGUAUCGAGACGCUGUGAAGGCCAGAGCCGCGAAGAUGACCAAAAAGCAUCCGCGCUGCAUGGCCGACGGAAAUGAGCUGCUUCGAUUCUACGGAACCUUCCUCCAAUGUCAAUUGGGAGCUCACGGAGCCUCGAAUCUCUGCCUCAUGCCCAACUGCCACUGCUGUCAGCUCAUCAGAUCAGGCUUCCACGCCAAGAAGGAGGCCGGGAGGGGCAUCUACACCACCGCCACCAGCGGCAAGGCCCACGAUUCCAUUGCUCUUCCGGAGGACGAUUUGAAGGGCAAACGAGCAAUGCUCGUCUGCAGAGUCAUCGCCGGCAGGACGCACAAGGCUCUCGACAACGAAGACCUGACAUUUCUCCCCACCGGAUACGACUCGAUUGCCGGCGAGUCAGGCCCGUACGCCAACAUCGACGAGCUUCUCGUGUUCAGCAGCAGAGCCGUGUUGCCCUGUUUUGUAGUUAUUUACAAGCUUUGAAGAAAAGUCUUCCAUCUCUCUCAUAGGUGCUCUUUAAUGUGGGAUCGAUGCCGACCGAUCGUUCCCAGCACACACAAGAUUAGAUCGCAGUUUCUUUAGUCCUCCCACCGACAUUAGUGACCUGCACAAAUGGAAUGAACGCCUAGGAUAAGUGCACAGAUUACUUGCCUUGCCAUCCCCCUGCCCCGCCCCGGCCACCGACGGCUUCUCAGUACGAUCUCUGUUCGAGCUCAGAAGAUUCACUGGCUGUGGAUAUUUCGUAUCUUCUGAAGUCUGAUUGAAGUCUUGCGCAAUUUGUAGUUCAGGAGAAAUCGCCAGGCCUACUAGCUGCACGAGUCGGAAUUUUGAUCGCUAGUGCAGUAGCUCUGCAAUCCAUGAUUACUGCCGCUGGUCUUCGAAUUCUGCGGAUUUCAGAACACGCCGAGUCGAAGAUACAGCACUUGUAACGUUAAUAGAUUCAUCAGGCAGGUUUGCCUCGCCGCUGACCUGGAAUACUUGUUUUAUAAAGCCUGUAUCAUGUUCUAGCUG